CCAAAUCGACCUAUACUCACACCAAUUGUUAAAAGAUAUUUCAAAACAACUGGAAGACAAAGAUUAGUGAAAUUUUGUGGAAUUUUUUUUGGUGUGAAACGAUAGGAAUUUGUGUGAGUAAGCCGAGAGGUGCGACGAGCAGUGCCUCCGUCGCACAGAGGCUCAGGCAACCGGCAGCACAACGUGAUCGUGGUACCACUUCUACUUCUACAUCGAACCACUCCGACAAUUCACCGUCUAUCAGGAUGAAGGGACUUUUCAAAUCCAAGCCGCGAACUCCAGCCGAUAUCGUGCGGCAAACGCGUGGUCUCCUCGGCUACGCAUCCCGCUCCACCGAUGGCCGUGAUUCCAAGCGGGAAGAGAAGAUGGCAGAAUUAUUUAAAAAUUUAAGGGAGUUGAAAUCCAUUCUCUAUGGAAAUAGUGAAUCUGAGCCAGUCUCUGAAGCUUGUGCACAACUGACUGAAGAGUUCUUCAGUGAGAACACGCUGCGGCUCUUGAUCACUUGUCUUCCUAAGUUGAACUUGGAGGCGAGGAAAGAUGCCACUCAAGUUGUUGCCAAUUUGCAAAGGCAACAAGUGCAUUCGCAGUUGAUUGCUUCUGAUUACUUGGAGGCGAACUUAGAUCUUUUGGAUAUUUUUUUAGCAGGUUAUGAGAACACAGACAUGGCUUUACAUUAUGGUGCAAUGUUGAGAGAAUGCAUAAGGCAUCAAAUUGUUGCAAGGUAUGUUUUGGAGUCAGAGCACAUGAAGAAGUUUUUUGACUAUAUACAACUUCCAAAUUUUGACAUUGCUGCUGAUUCUGCUGCAACUUUUAAGGAGCUCUUGACAAUGCAUAAAUCCACUGUAGCUGAAUUUCUUUCCAAGAACUAUGACUGGUUUUUUGCAGAAUAUAACUCAAAGUUGCUGGAAUCUAGCAACUACAUUACGAGACGACAAGCUAUCAAGUUGCUGGGAGAUAUUCUGUUGGACCGCUCAAAUUCAGCUGUCAUGACGAAAUAUGUGAGCUCAAGGGAUAACUUAAGGAUUCUUAUGAAUCUUCUAAGGGAAUCAAGCUGUCAUAACUCACAUGUGCUGGUGCUGGUAAGUGGAGCAUGUGCUGCUGCUGGAGCAUGUGCUGGUGCUGGUGGACAGAAAAUGGUGUUCACAGCUACCCCUCUUUGCUCGUUGAUGUGA